ACCAAGUUCAGGGAAUCCUCACAGGCACAUGCUUCUUAUCAGCUGGUGUGUGUCACGCCGUGUGUGUUAUCCUUGCUUUAUCACUUGUGCUGAUCAGCUCAUUCAGAUCCAGACGGCUGUCAACACCUGGACUACUUUUCAAAACAUCAGCCUACUUUGCAUACUUUUUUCCACACAGGUAGAGGAAGGAGAAGAAACAGUUGACAAGAAGUUGGAUCAUUUUGGAAACCCUGAGAGGCAGCGUCAUCUCUGCACUUUGGCAUAUCCACCACUUGCAUACAUUAUAGAGGAUCCAUAUUUGGAACUUGUGGCGGGAGGACUUCAUGUGUGAGUGGUCAUGUAACUUUAUCACGCUGGGAAUAGACCCAGGGCUGCCGACACCUCGUCACCUCUUGGUCUGGCAUGGCGCUGAGAUGAUACAAGUCAGCUGGUGUGUUUGCUAACAACUGGAGAUAACAACACUCAAGGGCACUCAUGGUUGUAAACAACAACUGCCGAAUUUCGGUGAAUUUAAAGUCAUUUGAAAAUCUCUCUCCACCCUGUCAUGCACCACCAAGGAAUAACAGCCAACUGUGAGUGUGCACAUACAAGUGUGUGUAUCUGAGUGUGUGCCGCUGAGGGGCGGUGAUUUUCCAGAUUGCUGGAUUGCCUAAUUACCCCGUUCGGGUUUGGGAAUCACGCCCAGAGUCUUCAAACACAAAGGAAGAAAAGAGAGGAAAACAGAUGAUUUAGGUCUGGCUUUCUGCUUGUGACACAGAGAUUAAUUGAAGGAGAAAGACGCUGGAAGUUAAGGCUGUCCGGAGUCAUGAUGUGGAAGUGUGCGACCAAAGUGAAGAAAAACUGGGUUAUAACUGAACCUGGAAUUAAUAUUAAGCUUAACAUGGAGUCUGAAUAGUUUGAAGCAUUUUUGCACAUGUGCAGACUUGGAUGCUGUGUUCAGAAAUGUUUGGAAUCUCUGGAUCUGGACUUAGUGAAUAUCUACAAACCAAGCAAAGGAUCUACACCUGAGGAUUAUUUUUCCAGGUAAGACAAACAUCGGGCCGUGUUAGAUUUCCUGUCCCUGAAAGAGGAUGAGAGGGGAAAGGAGGUCUUCGUCCUUUCGCAAGGAGAAACCGGCGGGCAUGUCCCGGGCUCUCAGCUGGCUGAGCGUGUCCACUCUGUCCCGCCAGAGCAGACGCAUCUUCCACAGCCAAAACAACCUCCACGCUGUCCACCACCGUCAACCGCACUCGCACUCGCACACUCGCCUUCAUGCUGCAGUCAGAGACGAGGAUGAUGAUGACGAUGACAACUGGGUUUACCAGCCUCAACACAAAAGAGCUGUGUCUAACCUGGAUGAGGAGAGCAAGUGGACGGUGCAUUACACAGCUCCGUGGCACCAGCAGGAGAACGUCUUCCUGCCAGGCAGCCGGCCCCCCGCCGUAGAAGACCUCCACCGCCAGGCCAAAGUCAACCUGAAGAGCGCCCUGCGAGAAUGCGACAAGUUGAGGAAAGAUGGAUUCAGGAGCUCUCAGUACUACUCUCAGGGUCCCACCUUCUCUGACCCCUUACAGUCCAACAGCAGCCUGCAGGAUGAAGAGGAGGAUGAUAAGAAGUCCACAGCAUCAUCAGCGGAGGACGACAAAUCUCAGCUGUCCAUGAGGCCCCAGACCCCCCAGGAAGGCGUUGAGGGAGAGGAGGGGUACGAGGUUGACGGAAAGAUUGUAUGGAACAAGGGCGCACCCCUCCCCACCCCGGAGCAGAAGAUGAGGCUGGCGGCUCAGGCCGUAGCCACAGACAUCGUUGCUAUCAACGUCACAGGGGCCGUGUUUGACCGGCAGGCCACCGUCCGACGCUCCCUCAUUAACUCGGACACCGUGUCCCGCCGGCCCAAGAAGGUCAAACGCAGAAAGACUAUAUCAGGGCUGCCUGACAACUUCAACCAUGAGCUAGCAAAAGGAGAUCUCCGACCGCAUUCCAUGUUCAUCCCGGGACAGUACUCCACCUUGGGCAGAGUUGGGAGCGUCAACUCCACGCUCCGCCAUUCGAUCACCAGAGACUCCGGCUGCCAGACAGAAAACGUGAAGGUUGUGCCCCCGUCCAUGAGGAGGAUCCGGGCUCAGAGAGGACAGGGGAUCGCGGCUCAAAUGGCCGGCAUUUCUGCUUCCUCCUCAACAGGAAGUAUAUCCAUCUCGAGCAGUGACAGCUCGGGGAUCAUGAUGCUGCCGCAGUACAACAGAGAUCUUUCCCGUUUUCACAGUCUGCCUCGACCGGGGGCCAGAGUGUCUCUCAGUGCUGACCCCAUCUAUAGCAGCACCCCCAUCAAGUCAGAGGAGCAAACUACGCCUCAGAGGCAGAUUGGGAGGCUGCGGGUUGACGACACAGUGGUGCACAUGAGAAAUGCCCCAAGGACAGCCACCCUUCCCCGGCCCAAGUCUCAGGAGCUGAGGGGGGCGAAAGCCAGUGAUUGGGGGGGUGGCCCGGCAUGUGUGGUCUCCCCACAUGCUGCCUAUUCCACCUCCCUCCUCCCCAACGCCACAAUGUCCAGCUCCUCUGAGGUCAUUAUGCUCAACACCUCUGGUCCCUCCCCUUCCUCAUCUUACCCCACAGCUCGUCCGCUCAGUCUGGCCUCCACCAACACAGACCCCAUGAGCCCCAGCCCAACAUCUUUUACCCACAGUUCCACCUGCCCAGCCUUGGCCACCUCGACCCCCACUCACCCACCAAGGGAUGGCGGUCUGGUGGUCGCAGCACCUGCCAGCGACUUGGGGCACUCUGACAGCAGUAUACACAGCCGCAGCACCUUGGCGCCCACGCCGCCCUCCGGACUGCCCGAGGAACAGUGGAUCUACGACACGCCAGAAAACAUGGUGAUUCCACACCGCACCUUGACCUCCAGCUGCUCCACUCCCAUAAACCAGCUGUACGGCAGCCUGGACCACUCCUCCAGGACUACUACUGACUCCAGCUCCCUCUAUUCCCAAGACAAUGACGGAUACUACACCUCCAUGCACAUGGACUCAGGCCUGCGCUCUCGCAGCCAUGGCAGUGGGCACGGAGCGGCGCCUGCACGGGCCACCAGGCACAGCAUGUACGAGUGCCGGGAGAUGGCCAAUCAGGAAGACACUGGAAGCUUGUACAGUGAUCGCUCGCUGUCACGGAGCAUCUCACUCCGCAAGCCCAAGAAGCCUCCGCUGCCUCCAGCACGCACAGACUCUCUCAGACGUAAGACCUCUGUGAAAAAGCCCCUCGGAGGCGUAAGCGCCAUCAGCGGUGCUAAGGAUUCAAACGGAGCCAUGCUCAAUGAGACUCUAAUUGCCAGCUUGCAGCAGAGCCUGCAGAUGGGGCUGAGAGGGGGGAAGGGGAUAGGGGCUUCACCUUCCUCGCCCUCUCACAGCCCAUGCAGCGACUACGAUGACCCUUGGGUGCUUCGGCCACGCAGUCAGAGUAGCACCAGUGCAUGUAGCUCCGCAGCGUCACUUGUAGCUAAUGCCAACUGUGGCGGCGUGUCUAGCGUGUAUUCGCUCUGCCAUGUGACGCCUGCUCAAAGCGACACCAGCAGCUUGCGCUCAGACUAUGCUGAUUCCUGGGGCUACUACAUGGACUACCCGCGUAACCAAGGAGACCAGAGGGCCCACUCCCCUCAGGCUCAUGGCGCAAACAACAUGUCGGCCGAGGCUCACCCCGGAGAGUUACACAAUGGAGGUGAGAUCCUCAACAGCAGCCAGGCGCCUGGAGCUCCAGGGCAGGAGGGAGGCGUGGCAGCCAAGCCCAAAAUGUCCACCUCCUCCCCGGACCGGGUGCACAGACUGACCUCGCCGUCCAGCGGCUACUCCAGCCAGUCCAACACCCCCACAGCUGGGACCCCCGUCCCCUCGUUCGUCAGGUCCAUGUCUCCAUCGGGGACCCGGCCCAGGCCCCGGGUGCCCGAGAGGAAGUCCUCUCUCCUCUCCUCUGUGUCCAUGUCCUCCUCUUCCACCUCCCUGUCCUCCAACACCUCCGACUCUAUCAAAAGCUUCGGACCUCCUCCCCCACCACCUCCACCCUUGCCACUCCUCUCCUCCUCAGCUCCCACCACCCCUCUGAGCCCACCUCCAGCCUUUCCUCCCCCUCUACCGCCAAGCUCCAUCGCAGGCCCUCCUCCUCCUCCAUCUCCCCCGUUGCCAACCACUCCCCAGGGUCAAACACAGAGCCCACCCCCUGCUUGCUCCACCUCCCCAGAUUUCCCUCCUCCUCCAUCCCCUGAUACACUAUUCCCCUCCAGUUCAUCCUUCAAUGGGAGCUUCAGCCCUCCCCCUCCACCUCCCCCGCCUAUCCCCCCUAUGGGGCCCCCUCCACCUCCUCCUCCUCCAUUGCCUGCUUGUGUCCCAUCGUUCUCCUCCCCAGGCUUUGCUAAGGCAGUGAAGGAUGCUCCUAAAGCAGCUCUCUCCAACAGCCCUACAAAGUCACCUAAUCCCCUGAUCACCCCGUUUGCGCUGCAGAGCGUUCAGCUCCGCUCUGUCAGGCGGCCAGAGAAGGAGAUUAACGGCACGUCAGGCCACACCAAAGCUCAGGGAACGGGGCCGGACCUCCUUCAGGGUCUCAAGCCCCUACAGAAGUCUCAGUCUCUGGAGCAUCCCACUAUGAUACACCUGUCAAACGGCUCCCUAGAAGACGACGACUCUCGUAACUCCUCACCAUCCCCUGUCUCAAAGCUCUUAGAAGACUUCCCUUUUGACUUCAGUAUCACAGACGACACGACAGAUAGUGCGGUCGUAAAUGGGAGAUCUGAGGAUCAGAGUGACUUUGUUUUACACAGAAGAGAAAAAGCAGAAGAACAGAAUGUAUUGCCAAGCCCCCCACAGAGCCCUGAAAGCUCCCCUGUCAAACAGAAGCCCCCAGUAGUCUCCAAGAAACCCAACAUGUCUUUUCUCCACCAAUUUAGCCCCCAACAAAUCAUUGAACAGAUUCCAUCUCAGCAUGAGGGUCCAACCGGCCCGUUACAGACAGAAGACCAAGUGGAUGCGCUGCGAAGACAAAUGAAAGAAGAUAUCAAAAGUGAGCAACAGGCGGAAGAGGACACUUCGGAGAUCUCCGAGGUUCAAGCUAAGAGCCGUGAAACAUCUCCCACAAUAACCCAGGAGGAGCGCACACCUGCUGCUGCCGGCCAAUCAAGUCCCGACCACGCAGUGUAUACCAAUGGAGCGGCUCAUGAAGAGGACGAGGACGAGGAGGAGGGAGAUGGAACAAGUAGCACGACUGGAUCCGUCAGCUCCAAGGAGGACGACACAGGUGAGGUGUUCUUCUCCAGCACGGCUGAAUCGUCUCCGGUCCCGCCCGCCAACGGGGCCUCUGAGGAGAAAAUGGUGACCCCGACUCCCACCCGGCCCCGGACCACCGAGGACCUUUUUGCCGCCAUUCACAGGUCGAAGCGGAAGGUCCUGGGACGCAAGGAGACGGAGGAGGACAAGUCCCGGGCUGGGAGCCAACCCCAGUCUCCACCGGCCACCCCAACUGGGGGCUCCCCAGUGAUGGGGUCCCCGUCCCCGGGCAUGGUGUCCCCUGGCAUGGCGUCCCCGGUCAUGGCGUCCCCGGGCAUGGCGUCCCCAGUCAUGGCGUCCCCGGGCAUGGCGUCCCCGGGCAUGGCGUCCCCGGGCAUGGCGUCCCCGGUCAUGGCGUCCCCGGGCAUGGCGUCCCCGGGCAUGGCGUCCCCGGGCAUGGCGUCCCCGGUCAUGGCGUCCCCGGCCAUGAUGUCCCCGGGCUCGACGUCCUCCUUGCCCCGCCAGACAGGCUCCAUCCAGCGCAACCUCCGCAAGUCCUCCACCAGCAGCGACACCUUCAAGGCCCUCCUCCUGAAGAAGGGCAGCCGCUCAGAGAGCAGCUUCAGGAUGUCGGCCACGGAGAUGCUUCGCUCCACCGGCCCUCGCACCCAGCGAACAUACUCCGAGUCAGCGUUGGACUCUCCUGCUGCUUCUCCCUCGUCACUGGGGUCCCCAAACAGCCCCUGCAGCUCCCCAGGCCGCGGGAAGAGGGCAACAGAUGAGUGGAGCCGCUACGACGCGUUCUCCCUGUCCUCGCCGACGGCAUCGACCUAUUCAAUGAGCGGGUUCAAGUACGGGCGCUCCCGCACGCCGCCUUCUGCCGCCAGCAGCAAGUACAACGCCCGCAACCGAAUGCUCAGCAGCCCAAUGACAGUCAUCUGUGAGCGGGAGGGGGAGCUGGCUGAGAGCGAGUACGGAGACCCUGCAGAAAGUCUGUCCGGACCCUCGGCUCAGACCCGGGCUGUACUCAAUAACUCCAAUGGCACUUUAUCUGGAGAGAGCAGAAGUUAAAGAGCAAGGAGCGCCCCUUAGAUACAGGGAGCUAAACUCGAUCAUCAUAACCAGGUAGCAGGCAGGAGGAGGAGCCAAUAGUUGGCCCUCUGGAGAGAACUUCCUGUGCCACUCCCCCUCAAAGCCCGAAGGGGUGGGCGUCGGGUGCUGAUGUGAGGUCAGAGGUCACCCCGUCAUGGACAGAGCUGAACUUGAUCUGAAGUGGACUGGUUGUGCUGCAGCUUUUCAUGGAUUCUCACUCUGUCCUUCGUUUCACAUUUGUGUUGAAAGAAAAGUGUUUCUUUUACACCUGGUGUUUUAAGUAUGUUUUCCAUUUGUUUUGCUGUUUUCUUUUACUGUAUCAUGUCCCUAACACGCAGGACCUUUUACGUUUCUUUGAAGAACAAGGUUGGGGUGGUAAACUAAGAUGAAGUGAAGGAAUUGAAAAGUAACUUUGCUGCUGUGGUGCUACGUAGCUUGGCAAUUGGAAAGAGUGGGAUGUAGACGCUCGACUUGUGAACCUCCUCAGCUUCUGCUUCUCUUCUGUUGGCUCUGGAAAGUGUUUGAAUGCACCCCGUUGUGCAAGUGUUGGCUUCAAACAGCCCAUAACAUUGUGGAAAGAACGAGAGGAAGUGGUACGACAGAGAGCACCACGGUACCUCUUAAGCUGUGGUUAUGGCCAGGUUUUGCUUCUUGUUCUUAGGUCAGAGCUGUAGUUUGCAGAGCUGGUGUGUUCAGUGGUCCGUAGAAAGUGCAGAGGGCUCAGAGCUUCACCUAGUGAUGGCCAGGAAGUCAAAAACUGUGAAGUUUUAAAGACACCAAAACAGAACAUUUGUUCUAAAAACGCUCAUAACAUUUUAGUUCAUAGAUUUUGCAUUGUUCAGAGGUCCUUUUCUUUGUGACUUUAAAAACAUUUUAAUAAACAAGUGAUGUCAUGACUUGUGUUUGGGAGUUCAGUAUGAAUCUAUACAUGUAAAGAGGGGAUGACAUUAAAAGAGAAGCUUAUGUUACUGUCGGGGUCUUUUAGUGUCCAUGUUUGUUACCAAAGAGCUGAAAAAUAAUCUGGAAGUGAACACAAUCUGAGUUUGGCUUCUCUAACACCACGCGUUGCGGUCGAGUCGUCGCUAAGUUUGCUGCGACCUACUAGAAGCUUUUUAGGGCUCGAAUGAUUUCUAUAAUGAUGUUAACAUUUCUGCUCAGUUUAUCUUUUUGCAGUUUUAUAUGAUUCUGUAUGUAAAUACAUAGAGGACUUUUAAGUAACAUUUUGACUUAUUUUCAAAGACUGUACAUUUUUUAGAGCCCAGCGUUUGCUGAAAGGGAGUGGUUUCCUAUUUGUAGAUUAUUUAUGUUCACAUAGCAGGGCUGCAAAGGUGUCGCGAUCUGAGUUAACCAGAGAGGUGAUGGGGAGGCCACAUUUACUACGCUGAUCCCUCCUGGCUGUUUCCUUCAUAUAACAACAAAAAUGCAAUCAUGUCAAUAUUUGUGCUAAAUCCUUCAGCUGCCCUUAAUCCUUAGCCAUGCAAAGCCAGCACUGGUGCUCUCAGCUGAGUAAAUGUGGUCUCUAUGGAGUCAUAAAGUGAGGAGACAGGCGUGAGACUUCCUAACCUCCUAACAGCCAUAACACCCCGUGGGUAAUCACCUGUGACCAAAGUGUGUCUCUGAGACCCCGCUCGGCUAUGAUUGAGCACUUGGGGCUCCGAGCUUUGUCUCAGGACAGGAAAGCGUCUCAAUCGCAGGCAGCUUGUGAAAAGACACGACAGAAAAAGUACUGGGGGCGGAGCUGCUGAAGCUCAUGUGUAUGUCUGUGUAAUAAAAACAAAGUGAUAUUUAAA